AUGGAGAUCGGGUUGGCAGCGGAUUUAGGCAUCGAAGGUCCAGCUGAAUCUUUCUGGCUUGGGUGGACAGGAAAUAUUACCCGGGAAGAGAAAGGAUCACAACGUAUAUCGAUCGAAAUAUCUGGUAGUGGGCUUAGGAGCCAGUUCAAGUUGAACAAUGUGCGGACGGUGCAGAAGCUCAACCUUCAAGGACAGUCGUUCCAGUACGACGAAUUGCAGAAGUUGUAUCCCCAUUUACGGGGACUUCCGCUGCGCAGCUAUGUGAAUGCAGUCCCCAGAAUUAUAAUUGGAAUCGAACAUGCACAACUUUUGACUAGUUUGAAGGUACGGGAAGGAAGAACAAAUGAACCAGUGGCCAUGAAAACACGAUUGGGUUGGUGCGUGUACGGGAAACAAGCUGGAGAUUCUGCAGCGGUCGAACAACUACACGUUCACACGGAGGAGCAGAUGGGGAACCGUGAGCUGCACGAGUUGAUGAAGCAAUAUUUUAAAUUGGAAGAGGCAGCAGUUGCAACUCCGAUUGAGUCUGCAGAUAACAUUCGAGCACGCAACAUUCUAGAGCGUACGACCCGCAGGACAACCGACGGUUUCGAAACCGGAUUGCUCUGGAAAUUUGAUCAACCCACCUUCCCGAACAGCUACCCGCUUGCUUUGCGUAGGUUACAGUCGCUAGAGAAACGACUUGAUAAAGAUCCGGAUCUGCGAGGGCGAGUGAUGCAGCUAAUCAAGGAGUAUGAGGUGAAAGGGUAUAUGCACCAGAUCACACAGGAGGAGCUUGAAUCGUCCGAUACUAACCGGGUAUGGUACCUACCACUUGGUGUAGUGCGGAAUCCAAAGAAGCCGGAGAAAGUUCGUCUUAUCUUGGACGCUGCGGCACGAGUGCAUGGUAUGUCCCUCAACGACAUGCUUCUGAAAGGGCCAGAUAUGCCGACGUCAUUGUUUGCUGUUCUGUUACGUUUCCGGCAAAGAACUGUUGCAGUGGGUGGAGACAUUCGCGAGAUGUUUCACCAAAUCCGCAUCAUCGAGCAGGACAAACAAUCCCAAAGAUUCCUGUUCCGUGAGCAUCGAGACGCAUCGCCGCAGAUCUAUGUGAUGGAUGUGGCCACUUUCGGUGCCACAUGCUCUCCAUGUUCAUCCCAGUUCGUUAAAAACAAGAACGCAAGAGAAUUCGAACAGCAGUAUCCCAGAGCGGUCAAAGCCAUCAUCAACGCUCAUUAUGUGGACGAUUUCCUGGACAGUGUAGAUACUAUUGAGGAAGCGGUGGAGUUGGUGACGGAAGUGCAGCACGUGCACGCGCAGGGAGGUUUCGAGGUCAGAAACUUUCUGUCGAACUCGCAGGAAGUCUUACAUCAACUUGGUGAAACCCAGAAUAUCCAGGAAAAGUCACUAAAUCUGGACGUUUCCAUAUACGCCGAGCGUGUAUUAGGAAUGGUAUGGAAACCCACCGUAGAUCUGUUUACGUUCGACACGUCUCUAAAGGUGGAUCUGGAGACACUCUUAGCACAGAAUAUCACGCCAACAAAACGGCAAAUAUUACGGCUGGUGAUGUCAUUGUUCGACCCGUACGGAUUUAUCGCCCAUUUCGUCGUUCACGGAAAAAUGCAGCAUAUUUGGAGAACUGGCACAGAUUGGGACGAUGAAAAUACGACAGAAUUACACGAAAUGUGGAAUAAUUGGACUUGUCUACUAAAUCGGCUGGGCGAGGUCGAAGUUCCUCGCUGUUUCUUCGGCGAAGCAAGCAGUAAGCUGCCCGCUAGCAUUCAGUUACAUCUCUUCAUCGACGCGAGUGAGCUUGCGUAUGCGUGUGUGGCUUACCUUCGAAUCGUUCAAGCUGGGUUAGUUCGCUGUGUUUUGGUAGCUGCAAAAACCAAGGUAGCGCCAUUGAAGCCGCUUUCUAUUCCGCGGCUUGAAUUACAGGCUGGCGUGAUAGGUUGUCGCUUGAUCGAUGGAAUAUGUGUAGCGUUGAAUCUCCCAAUCGAAGGGCGAUAUAUAUGGACAGAUUCUACAACGGUACUGGCCUUGAUCAGAUCCGACAGCCGCCGUUAUCAUCCGUUUGUGGCGUUCCGGGUCGGCGAAAUCCUGAAUAGCACCAACGUCGACGAAUGGUAUCACGUACCCUCCAAACAGAACGUGGCUGAUGUAGCCACAAAUUGGGGAAAUGGACCGGACUUCAAUCCAAGUAGCAUAUGGUACACCUCGACAGCGUUUCUGUACCGGCCGAUGGUGGAGUGGCCGAAGCAAGCCGAGAGACAGUGGACUACGAAUGAAGAACUUCGUGCAGUAUUUCACCACCACAGAGAACUACCAUUGUCGCUGAUUGAUGUUAGCAGGUUUUCAAAUUGGAAUCGAUUGCUGCGAGCAGCAGCAUACGUACAACGAGCAGUGCAGAAGUUUCGUGGACAAGAGAUCUCAACGAAGGUGACCAGCGAUGAUCUGCUGCGGGCCGAGAACUUCCUUUGGCGACAAGUGCAGCGCCAAUCCUAUGCCGACGAAUAUUGUACGCUGCAAUACAACAAGCAACACCCAGAAGUAACACCGAAGCAGCUCGAUAAGUGUAGCGAUCUAUACAAGGAAUCACCAUUCUUGGACGAUGCAGGGGUGAUCAGGAUGAACAGCCGAAUUGGGGCUGCACCUACCGCCCCAUUUGAAGUUAAGCAUCCAAUCAUCUUGCCAAAAGAUCACCGUUUAACGCACCUCCUUGUUGAUAGCUACCAUCGACGUUUCAUGCAUAUCAACAACGAUUCGGUAUUCAACGAGAUUCGACAGCGGUUCAGAAUUCCGCAACUGCGUCCAGUCAUCAAGCGUGUCGUCAAAAAUUGCCAGCGUUGCAUGAAUAAGAAAGCAACACCCCAGCCGCCGAUGAUGGCGCCACUUCCAGAGGUUCGGCUUACACCACAUAUUCGUGCAUUCAGCUACACUGGCGUAGACUACUUCGGUCCAAUUCUGGUGAAGCAGAAUCGUAGCUUGGUGAAACGCUGGGUUGCGCUCUUUACAUGCCUCACUAUACGUGCGGUCCACCUGGAGGUUGUCCACAGUCUGUCGACACAGUCUUGCGUGAUGGCGAUUCGUCGAUUCGUGAGCCGGAGAGGUACCCCAGCAGCAUUCUACUCCGACAACGGUACAUGCUUCAAGGGGUCCAGUAAUCUACUAUCAGAACAGAUACAGAACAUCCAUGAGAACUGCGCAGAGACGUUCACGAACGCAAGAACCAGUUGGCACUUCAACCCACCAUCAGCACCACAUAUGGGUGGAUCCUGGGAGCGGAUGGUCCGCUCCGUCAAAGCAGCUAUGGCAGCCGUCGCAGAACAUACUCGUCAUCCUACCGAUGAGGUGCUAGAGACUGUUGUGCUGGACGCGGAAGCGAUGGUUAACUCGCGACCGCUAACUUACGUUCCGCUAGACGACAUCGACCAAGAGGCCCUCACACCUAAUCACUUCUUGCUUUACGGUGCUCAAAGUGUCGUCCAGCCAAGAACAGCAUUCGUGACUGAAGAAUCAACACUCCGGGACAGCUGGAAGCUCAUCCAGUACUUGGUGGACCAAUGUUGGAGAAGAUGGGUUCGUGAGUAUCUGCCGACAUUGACCAGACGCACCAAGUGGUUCCAACCGACUAAACCUUUGGAACCCGGAGACGUAGUUUACGUGGUCGACGAGAAUAAACGCAAUGGAUGA